AUGUGUGGUGGUUGGGCAGAUCGUCUCAAAGGGAUUGUUACUGCUUACAUUUUAGCAAAUAUAACUCAUCGUAAUUUUGGUAUAAAAAUAACGAACCUCCCAUGUGAACUUACCAACGCUGUAAUUCCAAAUUAUAUUAACUGGAAUUUAAAUCUAACAGAUAAGCAGAUGUCGGAAAUGCCAAAAAUUUCAUACAAUAAAAUAGACUCCGAUGAUUUUCUUAAAAAUGUGCCAUACAUAGAUUUUCGAAAAGAAUUCCCAGCUCAUAAAAGAAUUAUUCAAUUUACUGCUAAUUUAGAUUACAUUGAUCAAUUCAAACAAAAUAAAUUUCACGAAAAAGAUCUGAUUUGGCUCAGAAAUAUGUCAAGUCAUCAGGCUUAUGCUAAAAUAUCGAAUGUUUUACUAAGACUCUCCCCUGAGAGUCAAAAUAGACUAGAUGAAUUCAUGAACCGAGCGAAACCUGACGAACAAACAAAACUUAUCUGUGCCCAUAUACGAAGAGGGAAAAGUGCAACCAUUCCAUCCGAUCCUGUUCGCGCUAAUGAUAAAGAUGUUGUAAAUGCAUGGGAAUUUUUAAGUGCUUAUAAUGAUUCUUCCAUUUAUAAACUCUUUAUUGCAACCGAUUCAGAUGCCGUAAACAGGGAAGCUAAGAUACGUUUUUCAAAACAAAUUGUUGAAAAUGCGGGAAACAUCAUUCAUGUCGACAGGAAGAAUCAAGAACACAGAGUAGAAACUUGUGACGAUUUUCGUAAGGUUAUUACAGAUCAACAAAUUUUAUCUCGAUGUGACGUUCUUUUGAUAAGCCAUAGCGGUUUUAGUCGAUAUGCAGCCUACAUGAGAAAUACGGACGAGGGCCUGUACUGUAUCUUGAGAGACCACAGUGGAAUCAAGAAGUGCAAACAAAGCUACUUAAAAAAUAUCUACGGUGUUACUUUGUGA